CUCAUUUCGUCAGCCCAAAUUAAUUUAAAUACUUCGUCUUCCUCUUCCUCUGCUGCUGGGUGCUGCCUAAGCCAUGAUGAGAGCUAUAGCCUAAUCUAAACCGCCUUUCCAUACUGAGCCUAAACUCUCUAAACACAAAAAGUGGGCAGAGCAGAGAUAUGGUUAGAAUGAGAGAAUCGUCAUCGACGUACGGCGGCGGCGGCGGUGGCGGUGACGGAGGCGACGAGGAGGAGGAGAUGAUGAUGAUGAUGAUGAUGAAACCUGCAUGGCUGGAGGGGCUAAUCUCCCACACGUUCUUUGGUCCAUGUUUGGUCCACGAUUCCCGCAGGAAGAACGACAAGAAUGUCUUCUGCUUGAGCUGUUGCCUCAGCAUUUGCCCUCACUGCCUCCCUUCCCACCGCUCUCAUCCCCUCCUUCAGAUUCGACGCUAUGUUUAUCACGACGUGGUUCGGCUUGGCGAUCUUGAAAAGCUCAUUGACUGUUCUUACAUUCAGCCUUACACUAUAAAUGGUGCCAAAGUGAUAUUCUUGAAUCACCGGCCACAGUCUAGGCCUUGCAAAGCCCCUUCCAAUGUUUGUUUAACUUGUGACAGAAUUCUUCAAGACCCUUUCCACUUCUGUUCUCUCUCAUGCAAGGUUGAUCAUAUGGUUUUUGAAGGGGCAGACCUAUCAAGUAUUCUGUUCAGGUUCGACGAGUCAGAUUUUGCUUUUUCACAAUUCGAAGGAUUACGAAUGGAUGGCUCCGAGGUCACCGAUGACGACGCCCAAAUCGCUCCGAACUUCGACUCGUUGCAAUGCAAAGGUUUGUCUUACUCAACUUCCAACGAGGCCACAAGCAAUUCGGUACUCUCACGAGAACCCGAGAUUGCGAUGAAGAAGAAGAAGAAGAGCAAUGGUUUCCUCCCCGGAAUCGUUCUCUCUCUCGGUAAUCGGAGAAAGGGCGCUCCUCAAAGGGCUCCGCUGUCUUAAUUAGAUUUAUGCGAAAAAUAAAAGUAAAACAAAAUAAUUUAGGAGUUAACGAAGAAUGUUAAUCACUGGUUUAAAUUUGAGAAAAGGAUAAAGGAAAAAGAAAGAUAUGUUUGUUGAUUGUUAGGAGGAAGUUGUGUUACGUUGUUUAAGGUUGCGUUGUGUGUGUGUAUCCAAAUCCAAUGUGAUUUCGAGGUUUAAAAUUGAUUAGUGUUGUGUUGUGUAGUCUUGUCUUGUCUUGUCUUGUCUUGUCUAGACAACAUAUUCAAAAACAAGAAACUAAGACCAAUUCCAUUGCCAUAGGCAGGCGGU